GUCCUUAGCCUAGAGCGGCCAGUCUGCAGCGAGAUGGUCGAGGAUCGCAGUUCAGCAGCCAUGUCGCAAAAGAUAUCGUCCGUGUCACCCAGCAACAGCAGCUCCUCGUCCAAACUGGACUGCCGACAGGACAGUUGGGAAAUAGUAGAGGGUCUGCGUGGAGGCUUCAGUAAUGUCCUGGAGCCCCAGAAACAGGAGGGCUACAUGCUAAAGAGGAGAAAGUGGCCCAUGAAGGGCUGGCAUAAGCGAUACUUCUUCUUGGACAAGGGCAUCCUGAAGUAUGGCAAGUGCAGUGCUGAUAUUGAGAAAGGGAAACUGCAUGGCUGCAUUGAUGUGGGCCUCUCUGUCAUGGCCAUUAAGAAAAAAGCAAAGUGCAUCGAUCUUGAUGCUGAGGAAAACAUUUAUCACCUGAAGAUUAAGUCCCAGGAGCUGUUUGAUGAAUGGGUUGCCAAGCUGCGUCACCAUCGACUCUAUCGGCAAAAUGAGAUUGCCAUGUACCCUACUGACAAGUCCUUCUACUAUCCCCACUACCCCUCCCCCAACUCCCCUAGUAUGGCGGAGAGUGCCUCUAUCAGAAAGUGCAUGGCUAUGCGCAGACAGUCCACACUGCAUUCUGCAGGAGCUUUCCCUUUAAACUGCAACAGCCAGGCCAAAGUAGUCGCCUGGCUCCAGUCAUCUGACGACAUGGACAGGUGCUCCAAAGAUUUGUCAGUCUGUGAAUCUUACCUGCUGGAGCUCAACCACCUGCUUCAGAGUAUGGAAGUCCUGCACCGCACCUAUUCUGCUCCGUCAAUCCAAGCACUGCAGGCGUCUACAUUUGACAGCCCCAAAAAGGAGAAGCGACUUCCAAGGAAAUGGCGCACUAAAAACUGCAACAAAGAUGUCAAAGCAACUCUGCAGGUACCUAGCUGCAUCUCCUCUAGCUCUGUCCGUCUCCACGCCUCUAACCCCAACCUCUCCAGCGCUGCACUAGCCAAUGACAAGGCAGACACUGAAUCGCUGGAUUCAGCUUUUGACGUGACCAAGCUGCAGGAGGACUUCUGCCGUGUUGCUGCCAACUUUCAUGCAACCAUGAAGACAGCCCUGAGUACACUAUCAUCUGAACGAGAGAGAUUAAAACAUUGUGUGGACCACGAAACAGUUCCCCCUACCUCUCCUCAGGUUGUCAGUUUGAAGAACGCACUGACAACGAAACAGGAGUCUGUUGAUGAUUCCCAUCCACUCGUACAUCAAGUCUCCAAUGAGAGCAGAGCUUCAAUCACAGAGUCUUUGUCUGAGUUCUUCGAUGCACAGGAAGUUCUGCUGUCUUCGAGUUCCUCUGAAAAUGAGGCAUCAGAGGAUGACUCAUACAUUAGUGACAUCAGUGACAACAUUUCCAUGGACAACUUUAACAACGAGACUGAAUGUGAGAGACCAAACUCAGGCUCUGUGGAAGAAGGCACUGUCCUUUAUCAGCGUAGAUCCUGCCUGCCCUCGCCGAGCCCCAACAGCAGCUCCAUAAGCCUGUGGAACAUCCUCAGAAACAACAUCGGCAAAGACUUGUCUAAAGUGGCGAUGCCCGUACAGCUUAAUGAGCCGCUCAACGCCCUACAGAGACUGUGUGAGGAGCUGGAGUACAGCGAGCUGCUAGACAGGGCUGCUAACACACAGGACCCUUUUGAACGUAUGGUGUACAUAGCUACAUUUGUGGUAUCGGGCUAUGCAUCCAGCUUCUACAGAACAGGGGGAAAACCUUUUAACCCUCUCCUAGGAGAGACCUUUGAAUGUGACAGAGCAGAUAAAGGCUUUACCUUUGUUGCAGAGCAGGUCAGCCAUCACCCACCGAUCUCAGCUUGCCACGCAGAGUCUAAAAACUUCAUCUUCUGGCAAGAUGUGAGGUGUAAGAACAAGUUUUGGGGGAAAUCAAUGGAGAUUCUUCCUGUUGGUACCACUCAUGUAACUCUGCCAGGAUUUGGAGACCACUAUGAGUGGAACAAGGUGACGUCGUGCAUCCACAACAUUCUCAGUGGACAGCGCUGGAUUGAGCACUAUGGGGAGAUCUCCAUCAGAAACUCCAGCAGUGAUAUUUGUCAAUGCAAGAUCACUUUUGUAAAGGCCAAAUACUGGAAUUCAAGUGUGAAUGAGGUAGAGGGAGCUAUCACAGAUAACAAAGGGAAGGUCAUCCACAGACUCUUUGGAAAGUGGCAGGAAGCAGUUUUCUGUGGAGACCCACCCUCAGCCAAAUGUAUCUGGAGAGCAAAUGCAAUGCCAGCAGACCUUGAGCAGUACUAUGGUUUCACCAAGUUUGCUAUUGAGCUGAACGAGCUGGACCCCUCCCUGAAGCUGCUGCUACCACCCACAGACACCAGACUACGCGUGGACCAAAGACUGCUGGAGGAGGGGAACUUGGAGGCUGCAGAGGAGCAGAAGCAGAGGAUUGAACAGCUGCAGAGAGAGAGACGGAGAGUCCUGGAGGACAACAUAACACAUCAACCUAAAUUCUUCAGGAAGUCCAAGGACGAUACCUGGGUGAGCAACAACACAUACUGGGAGCUGAGGAAGGACCCUGGCUUUACACAAAUUGAUUUUCCUACACUGUGGUGACCCCCGAACUGCAGAUUUCAAACACUUUGUCAUGUACAGCCUCUACUGUGAUGCCGGCGCAGUCCUGAUAAUGUGACUGUAUCCCAGUCUCCACAUUCAGUGCUGGUCUUCUUUAUUGCAGUUCAUCAAAGUUAUUGCCUUAAUAACAAGUGCUUAUGUAACUUAUGUAAACAUGUUUAUGCAAACAUAUAAUGAGAAUGUUGAUACAUUUAGGCAACUUUUGCCCAUGUUUUCACCUGAUAUGUUACACUCUUUCACUCAACUGAGAAAAGGAAAUAUACUUUGUAUAAAGAACGACAAAUCCUUUUCAUAACUGGUACUACACUAGCUUAAAAUGUAUUGAACAACUGGUCACUUUUGCUGUAUUCUUAUCAACAUUCUCUACCUCUGAGAUAAAUUAGCCUUGGAUAUGCCAUUGAUGAUGAACUGUACACAUCUGAUAUUUAUUCUGCACCUGCCUGAUGCCUUACUUGUUGUACUCGUAUUAUUUAAUUUAUUUUUGUUGCAACUCUGAGAUCCAAAUGAUAUCUAAAUCCAUACUAAACUUUUCUUUCUGUUUCUUAACUGUACUGCUUUUUGCUAUGACUGUGUGAAAGAUUGUGCAACAAUGAGCAGCAGAAGCAACUAUUUUUUACUCUAUCUAUUGCACCAUUGUUUACCUAGACCCUGGGCUUUGGGAUCAAGUGUCCAAAACUAUGCUCCAUGAGAUCAAAUAAAGUCUCUAAUGCUUUUG